AGCUCCGGGGCCCUAGGCCGGUGAUAGCCGCUUGGCUGUUGCUAUGGAGACUGCGGCUGCCGCCCGGGCCUGUUUGUUGCACUUGGGUCCCGGCACAAAGAAGGAGCGAGGGAGCCGGGACCGCUCGCAGCCGGGGGCGGCGGCAGUUUUACAGCUGUGUGCUUCUGCUGACUCCAGUGGAGUUAGUCCUGCUUUUUACCAGUGUGGGAGAAGAAUACGUUCAUCUGUGUUUCUGUGUCUGUAUUUGGAGUAAGGAGUAAAUGAGCUAUUAAAUUUCAUCGCAAAAUCCUUCAUUACAAAAAAUGGAAACUUUCAGAUGAAUCUGUGAGUGAAGCUUGUGGCAUUUUUAGUAUUUUAGGUUUGCUAACAAAUGGAUGAAAGCUUUUCUGAAGAGUCUUGUGGUGGUGGUGAUUACUUAGAGAAUGAAGAUCAGAAAAGGAGACACCUAUCUGGUUCCAGUUCAUCAAAAGAUAUUAGGAAGACAGUUGAAGAUACACUGUCUACUCCUUCAAAUUCUCUAGAUUUGAGUAGGAAAAAACUUCAGCAUCUUACUGAGGAAAUAUACAAAUUACCCAACCUUAAACAUUUGCAUCUGGAAGGAAAUGCUUUAGCCAUAAUUCCUAAGGAUUUAUUUCAGCAGCUGCCAAAUCUUGUUUGGCUGGAUCUCCGGUAUAACAAAAUUAAAACUCUUCCCCCUGGAAUUGGAUGUCACAAGCAAUUGAAAACUUUACUUUUAGAAAGAAAUCCUAUAAAAAGGCUGCCAGUGGAGCUUGGUAAUUUAACUUCAUUGACAGCACUGAAUCUAAGGCAUUGCCCUCUGGAGUUUCCACCUAAAGAUGUUGUACAGAGGGGACUGCGGUCCAUUCUGUGCUUUCUCCGGAAUGUCGGUAAUGGAAAACUUGUCAAUUUAGAGCCAGAUACUCAAGAAAUGCCACCUAUUGAAAAGUUAAAUUUAACUGAGUUGAUGAAAUCCAGUUUGGAUUUGUCAGAUGAGUGGCCUAAUGAAGGAGAAAUGCUACGAUUUCAGAAGCUGAGGGAGGAAAUGGUAAAAGAUGAAAAGGAAGAAUUUCUUGCUAACCAGGAUUUAAAUCCCAAAGCCACAAUGCAGGAGUUUGCUGAGUUCAGAAAAAACGGCAGAAAGAAAGAGAGGCUCUACCACAAAUCAGCGACUCUUUCCAGGAAGAAGUUCUCACAGAAGAAUACAUUUUCUGAGUUUCAAUCAUAUGAUAAGAUGAUUCAAGCAAAGCGAGCUGAAGAGUUCAGAUUGGCUGUGCAAAAGGAACUAAAAGAGACCCAGGCUUUAAUUGAACAGCACAGAAAAGAUAAAGAAGUGCUUCGGGAAUGGAGACAGCGUGCCAAGAUGAUGAAGGAGAAGAAAGAAGUAUUGUUCAGGUAUUCACCUACAAGAGCAGACAUGAUAUCAAAAAGUGCACCAUAUGCUACUGAUAACAUCAAUUAUCACAACACAAGAGAAGGAUGUGAAAACCUAAAGAAACGCACUCCUGAAAAAAGUGAACAUGUGAGAAGAAUGUUGAAAGUAAAUUCUAUAAGAGAUGCUGAAGCUGCAAGUGCCUCCAGGGAAAAGGAAUUGGAACAACGCAUCAAACAACAUACACAAAUGAUGAAAGAAAGAAGAAAAAAGUCAAAAGGGACACCCCAAGAGGAAAUGCAGAGAGCAAAACAAGACCUUGAAACGGCUGAAAAGCUUCAGGCUGAGCUAGCACAAGUAAAACAAGAACUUCAGCAGGAGUAUCGGUUUACUGCCUUCACGGGCGAGCCUGUUCCUGAUUCACCGAGAAUGCAGCCUCAUAAUAUCUUUUCUACCAUGAAAUUUUAAUUGCCUGAAAUUCUUAAAAGAACAUUUGUCUUACAGUAUACAUCUGUAUUGGAAAGCUGCUUUUCAGAAGGCUUUAAAAGUGCUCCCUUUGUUACCUAUUCUUGUUGAUUGUGUUUUAACAAAGUUUUUAAAUUAGAAUGAUAAUAAAUCAUUCUAUCUUGUCCAUUCAACUAACAUAAUUUCAGUAGAUUUAUAGUUACAUGGUUAUAAAGUGUUUUUGGUGUUAUAUUGUGUUUCUUUUACUGUUUCUUUCUGACCUUCUUAAGAUCCCAUUCUGCAAUUUUUACUCACGCAAACCCCCUAUUGAAAUAUGCUUCAGUUGAAGUUUUGCCUAGGUAAGAAUUGCAGAAUGUAUCCUUUACAAUGUACAUUAUUUGGGGCAAGAAACUAUUUUUUAUUUGUAUGUUUAUUAAUUUAAAAUAACAUGAUCACCUACAGUGCUAUAUAAAUUAAUAAUGUAAAGAAUAAUGUAUCCCCAACCAUGCACUGUAUCUUAGGGUUGCAGUUGCAUCAGGGGAUUCUGGUGUCAUAGCCACAACAUUAGUAAUUGUUAAAGUGCAGCUCUGCUAUCUAAGGAUA